AUGCUAGUUCCCCAUGUUGUUCUUUUGGACCAGGCGCAACUGACGUUGAUGACCGCCAGGAAUCCCGAUUCACAAACGAUAGAAUUAGACCGUCAAUAUCUCGAUACGGUCAUAGUUCUGGGCCGGGAGUAUCAGAAAUAUUCGAUCGAUCAUCGCACAUACUUUGGACCGGUCGAUGAGGAAGAAGCACAACGACUCGAAGAUGAGCAACAACUUUUCCAGAGAAUUUUCGAUAAUCGUCUGAUCUUCCCACCGAUCCGUCGGCUGAAAAGAGCUCUUGACUGUGGACAUGGAUCCGCAUCAUGGGCUGUCGAUGUUGCUGAGCAGAAUCCCGAUUGUGAGGUCAUCGGCAUAGACAUUGCCCCCCACAUGAGUCCAGACGACAUGCCUGACAACCUGUGGCUUCAGGUCGAUGACUUGAACCGCCGUUUCACCUUUCCUGCAAACCAUUUCGAUCUUGUCCACUCUAGACUCCUUGCGACCGGCAUUAACCGAUCCCGAUGGCCAUCUUAUCUUCGUGAUAUAGUCAGGGUCCUGAAGCCAGGAGGUUGGGCCCAAAUGGUGGAAAUUUACUUCAAUGUUCAAUCUGAUAAUGGUUCAAUCACUGAUGCCCAUGCCUUGAGGAGGUGGAGCACACAAUACCUGCGUGCCCUGGAGGACAGAAAAGAUCUUCGGGUCGGAUCAAAGUUGAGAACUCUUAUGGCUGAGGCAGGGUUUGUCGAAGUAGACACGAAGAUGAUCCCUCUUCCUCUGUCUGCGUGGUCGACUGGUCGGUAUCUGGCUGCCCGAAAAUAA